AUGAAAGUCAAACUGUCCAAGUAUUUGGAAACUUGUGGCCUCAAAAGUGAGCUUUACCCAGCUUGGAGCUUGCUAGGGUUCAAGGCUCUUGCCAACUUUUUGGUCUACGCUGAUCAGCCAUUUAUUGCUGGCUGCGACCCACCACGCAACGACCUCCAUGUUGCGUCUAUAGAAGUCAACAUGGUGAGCGAUCUCGAAAGUGACCUGUCCGACGAUGAGGCAUCUGUUUGGAACGAGUACAGCAGUGGAGACGAACGCGAUGACCAGUCUAGGAAGGUUGUGUGA